ACGCGAGUUCAGCGGAACAGUUUCUACUUUAAUAACACAUAUUCUCUCUUCAGUCAUGGAGGUCUUGUCUUUUCCGCAUCUCAAACUGACAGUACAAAACAGAAAGAAAAACAUCUUUGUGACGCAGUUAGAUGAAUACAGUGAGCGAAAGGAUGAGCGUAUAACCCAUCUUCCUGUAAUUAAAGAGAGUUCUAGUGUGAUUCUGGAGUCAGGUGUGAACACACUUCAGUCCACAUUACUCCUGAAGAAACAGAUGCAACUGGAGAAACUCAACAAACAAUUGAUGGACAAACAUGAGGAGGUCAGAGGUCGCAUGCAGAUCCUGCAGCAGAAAAGAGCAGAAUUACAGCUCAGACAGCAGGAGACAAAACACAGGGCGGCACAGUUUGAGAAAUUUGUCGAGGAAAAUGAGGUAAAACGUCGCUGUGCCUUGAAAAAAUUUCAUAUGGAGAGACAACAGAACGAAUAUAAAGAAAAGGAGAAAGCUGAACUUUCUGCAGAACUUGAACAAUUACAAGCAAGACGGCUUCAUUUAAAAGAGAAAGUGAAGAAAUAUAAGAUUUAUGAAGAGUUUCUGUUUAAGGUUCUUGAUUUACUUCCUGAAAGCUAUCUAGGGUCUGGACGAGACUUGGUGACGCCACUGAUGAGGCGUUUUGAGACUCUGUCCAUCUCGCGGCAGGAUCUUCUGCAGACGUUAUCUGGACUAACGGAGCAGCUGAAGAAUGAACAGCAGAACCUGGAUGCUCUCAAACAACAACACAACACACACAAACUAAUGUCUCACCAGCAGUUAAAUGAGCUGCAGAUAGAGUUGGAUCACAUGAGAGAGAAGAACAAACAGCUGGAGAUGAGGAUGCACCUGCACCAGGGCCAGUCCAGAGAGCAGGUGGAGGAAGUGAGGAACAUCCUGAUCGCAGUGAAGAAUCUGGCAGAACAGUGCUAUUUACAUCACUACGGCGCUCUAGAAGACAUGGACGUGUGCACUAUGAUGGAUAUGAUAAAAGAGUUCAUUGUAGAGAAAAGUGAUCUUGUGAAGAGAGUGAUGAGAUUGUCAGACAUGAGCGCAGCAACAACAUCCAUGAGAAACACGUCCACUAAAAUCCAUCUGAAGAGCUCCAGCAGAUGUCUGAGACCAGAUGUCUGAGUUCAGCCCGGAUCAUCAGAUAGAUCUCACAUAGACGACGUUCACACUGCAGCUGAAUGUGACCCAAAUCUGAUUUUCUGUUAAAAUCUGAUUUCUUAUGAAAUUUAAAAUUUAGCUCAUAUCAAACACUGAAACUCAAAUAAAACAAUAUAUCCAUGUUACAUGUUUUGAAUCACAAUACACCAUACAUAAUGAAUCAACUUACUCAAACGUUGCUUCUCAAAACAAUAUGAAAUAAAAAACAGCCACUUGUCGUUGCAACACAAACAUGAUUUCUUUAAAGAUUAAGAGGGCAAAUUUGUAUUGUUUUUAAAUAAUGUGCACAGAUAAAUCGUUUAUAACAAAACCAGCAACAUCCAAUAAGAAAAUAAGAAUUGUGAAUUUUGAAUUCAAGGUGACUUUUAAAAUGAAGAAAUUUGAUGUCCUUGAGUUGCCCAGUCAGAGUCCUGAUCUCAACCCUAUUGAACAUCUGAGGAGAGACCUUAAAAUUGCUGUUCAUCAUCGAUCCCCAACUAACUUGGUACAAGGGAUGGGCUAUUAUUGCUCCAUUGUGUUUUAUUCCAAAAAGACUGAUGGCUAUAAUAGAUGCUAAAGGUGAUUUAGCCAAGUAAUAAAGUUUUGGUUGAAUACUUAUUAAUUCUUGACAUUUUGGUCAUUGUUUUUAUUAUUAUUAUUUAAUGCUUCCUUUUUUAUUUUAUGGGCUGCA